AGCCUGGGAAAGCAUUUAUUUUAACUGGAUUGUCCUGCAUUAUGAAAUCGUCACUCAGGGUAUUUCUUAUACUGUUUGUUAUUAUUGAAGCGGCUAUUUCGCAAAGCUUUCGAACUACUCGCGGACAGCAGCUUAUUGAGACUAAAAAUCGUAUCAGAUCAUUCUCUAAGCGUGGUGCCUUUUUGCGAGAGUUUUUGAAGGGACAACGUCCGAAACUCAUCCAACAGCUGCAAUCACUCAGAUGCGACAAAUAUAAGUUGCCUGGAGGUAACCGAGGCACAAAAACCUUCAACGUCUUCUACAACCUUUUAGCACCCGACGGUCAAAACACACGGCAACGGCCACUAUCUUUUAGCAGUCAAGUUUCCAUUGAUCAACUGCCCUUCCUUAGCCCCUUUCAAAGCCGAACUCGACGCUCUGGUCGGCCUGAUCGAGAAAUUGUGGCAUCCACAGCACGUUUCGUGAGACGGAUGAAACAAGAACUAUAUCGAAAAACUGAUGAAUCCGUGCCCAUUCGUAAACUCAUUAGAAGACUCGUGGACGACCCCUCUGAUUCCAUACCACAACGGGUUGCCGACGUUUUGUGUGCUUAUUGCAAUAGUCUUCUGCGGCAACAUCUCAGAUCGUACCAAGCAAUCCGCUCGUUUGGUGAGUUCCCCUGGUGCUACAACUCUGCCGACGCGAAGGAGCAUCUCGUCGGCGGGUCACUGAGCACAGUAGACAGCUGGAAUAUUGGUACAAAGUUGUCAGUCUAUGAUGGUCCUUCGAUCGUGCCUCAGGCCAAGACGAUGAUAUCUUCGACCAACUCAUCAACGACACUUACGGUCACUCACACAAGUCUUCCUAGAGUAUCCACGAAACAAAUGGUGUUCACUGAGUUAUUUCGUCCGACAGCAUCGGCGGUAUCAUCGAAACCUGCACGGCCAAUAUUUCUGUCUGUAUCGAACCCCUCGGCAAGCAACAUGGAGCUGGUAUCACCAGGUUUUCCGACUCCAACUUUAUCCACGCCCUCAACGAGUUCCGAGCUAAUUACGCCCAUGACUCAUAACACUGUACUUCUGACGUCAAUGUUUCCCAAACAAACGUCAGAUUCUGUUGAACCCGAGUUUCCGUCGAGUGCUAUGACACCAGAGUCAGCCGCCCGUAGGACUAUGACAGUGCCCACUUCAUUGAAUCGUGUGUGGUUUACGCUAUACCCGUUAACGGUACCUCACACAGUAGUUACACAGCCAAAUCUCUUCGUUGCGCAUGUAUCAACGUCUCUUGAAGUGGCAUCAAAGCCAAUCGAUUUAGAACUCCAAUUGGGUAUAACGUCAUCCAAGACACCAGCUAGAAGGAAUGCAACAGUAUCCUCAACAUCAAUUCGUACUACGGAGACCACCUUGCCAAAACAAUCUAGAAAGCCAAUACUACCGGCAGCUGUUUCACCAAAUAGUAGGAUACCCCAAUCUGAGUCACAAAACGGGGUCAGAAUAUCUUUGUCCCCAAUUAUUGUUACAGAGCCGAUGUCGCUAUCUAAUCUCACCGUAUCUGAAUUGCCACCUCAUAAGAUUGUGACGGAGGCUACCCCGCCAAAUCUUAUUACGGUAACCCUAUCACAGUUCCCAUUCACGCUGCCUCUUCUACCAGGCAAGUUUACAAAAUUCACAUUACCGGCUCCUGUUAGAGACAGCAGACAGUCAAAUAUCAGAAUAUCUUUGCUCGCUUCACUAAAUCCUAGCAAAAUGUCAACGUCACAAAGCGUCACAAAGUUGCCACUUGCUUCCGGAACGCUCUUACCGUCAACUCCGGUAUUCACAGCAUCAAAUAUUACAAAUCCGUUAUUAGACUUAUCAGGAGGCGUCAGAAAACUUGUAUCAUUGGCCCGUCCUAAAAUUUCCCCAUUGUCCCUCUGGCGGCCACAAACUAUGCGGUCAAAAAUUAUCGGCAUGUCGUUAGAUGCCGCACGUUUCGUGACGUCUCAACGGCCAUCAUUUUCUAAACCAAGUGGAUUAUCGAAGGAAAAGUAUGAGGAUAUCGCGCCUGGACACAGCCAAGUUGAUAAUCGAUCUGAAGGCAGUAUGCCCCAGGAAAUCCUAGAAAAUCAGCAUUCGGACACACAGCGGGCAGUUGCACAGGUGAGGUGUGCUCUUUCCCCAAAGAUGCAACUAUUUGCCCAGUCUGUUACAAGGGUGCUCCGUCUGGGUGCCGAAGUUAAGGGUCGAGAAAGUGUCGAAAAGUUUGAAUUGCUACUUUCUGGCACCAAUAUUUCUGACGCAAAAUCUCUAGCUGACACUUUCAGCAGGCUAAACGCUACACCAAAUAAUAUGGCUGAUAUAAUCAGGAGCACAAAAAUACCCGAUCACGUGGUUGUCGAGCUUAUAAAAUAUCUGCAUCCGAAAUCGAAUGACGUCCUCGUAACUCUAAUGAAGUCAAUAUCUAAUCAGUCACCCACCAUAAUAGCAAACGUGUUCAAAUCCCUUGGAACACCUUUCACGAAGAUACCGGCAAUCAUUGCCGCCAUUCGUAAUACAAAGCUGAUCGAUUUUAGUGAGUUGGCUGCGUAUUCGGGUUGGAAUAAGGAAAAUCGCGCAUUCGCAACAAACCUGGUAAAGGCGCUGCAUCCAAAUAGUACGGCUGAUAUAUUGGCCCUCGUACCGUUGCUGCAUGGUCAUGAUGCCACGGGUCUCGCCGACGUUCUUCAGUGUAUCGAUGCAAGCGAGGACGGCAUUGUAGCAACUAUACUUGACAUGCCAGAGGAGUUUUCUGCUCAAGAAAUUGGUGCGUUACUGCGUCAUUUGGGCGUCGACAGUCACCAGCGUGCAUAUAUCCUCAAUGCCUUAUUACAUGAGGGCAGGAUUACAUAUUCAGAGCUAGGCGAGACCGCGGAGCUGUUACCGAUGAACGAAACCGAGCUCGCGCACGUACUGAGCGAACUUAGUCUAAUCCCUAAAAUUGCAGCGAUUAUUCUCAAUAAUAUGCCAUCUAUGACUGCAACCAGACUGGGCCAUAGUGUCAACCAUCUUCAACUUAGCGCUGUAGACCUGGCGCAGGUCCUGCAACCACUGAACGAAGUGCGUUCGGCGCAGGAUCUUCAAGUUCUUCUGAGGCAAAUAGAAAAUUUACUGUCAGCUGAAACAGAAUUCGUUUUGCGAUCACUAGCGAAAAAUAAAACUAUAUCGACAUUGCGUGUCAGGAAUAUUUUAAAUCGGUUCUGAGGUGCCAACGAAGUCCACUAAGUAAUCCGCUUUUCUAUUGUCAUCGAUUAAAACAGUUGACCAUUAGCAAACAGGCUCGCCUUCGUCUGAACACGCUACAUUGACGCUGCAGUAAGCAAUUAACGUAACUACUUUUUAGCGGACUUAGCUAAUAGUUUUCCAGUAGACUUUUUUCUUUAAUAUCGCGUGAAAAAACCACUCAGCUUCCCAACAGCGUAAUCGGACGCAACUUCUCAU